AUGUUUCUUUCAACUCUGUACUGGAAUGUGAACCAACCCAAAGACCAAUGGACUGAACAUUGCCCCGAGUUCCUGCUUGGACAGAGCCAACAGAGUAUCAAAAUUUUGUCUACGAAGAAUCAAGAUUUCAAGAGGCUCUCCUGGCCACAGGUCCAAGAUCUAGUCAAGGUCUGCCGCACACCUACGUGGAUACCGCGAAUACACAUACCAAUUGAAGAAGAUGCAUGGCUUGGUAUUAUCCUUCUUGCAACAGGACCGACUCAAUGGGACGACACCACUCCCUCUGGUGACAAAGCAUUCUCCAAUCCUGCAGACUUCAAGAUCUUGUACAAUGACUGGCCUUAUUUCAUCGACGAGAACGUCGCUCACCUUGUUGUGUGGACUAAAUUCUUCAUUGAUGAAGAUGAGAAGAAUGGGGAAGUGACUGAAGCGGCGAAAGCCACCAUUGAAGCCCUCAUCACGAGAACCUUCUGCUCUAGCAAUAAUGAUCCUUCCCGGAAGAUGGAGAGAAAUCAGAUCGUCUGGUUUAAAAAUUGGAGAAGUCUGAAAAGCAUUCACGACUUAGGUAUGUGGCUGCAAGAGGAAGCCUACAUGAGGCGCGGACUUAUUGAGAGUACAGAGCAUUUCCAUAUCAUGCUGUACAAACCACCAACUGAACUUUUGCAAACCAUCACCCAUGGGGAUCGCCCAGGAUACGAGAGAUGA